AUGUGUCGCCACUCUGGAGCCGACGGCACUGCGACCGCCGUGAACUUGGGCCGCGAGCUGCUGCCGGCCGAUGUCGUCCCCAAGCACUACGACGUCACCCUCGAGCCCGAUUUUGACAAGUUUACCUUUGAGGGCACCGUCAUCAUCGACCUCGACGUCGUCAAAGACACCAGCUCCGUCUCCCUGCACACCCUGGAGAUCGACGUGCACAGUGUCACGGUCAGCAGCGAUGGUGCUGCUAUCAGCUCGUCGCCUUCUGUGUCAUAUACCGAAGACACACAGACGACCAAGAUCGAUUUCGAUGGCAGCCUCGCCAAGGGCACCAAGGCCCAGCUCGAACUGUCCUUCACCGGCCAGCUCAACGACAAGAUGGCUGGUUUCUACCGCUCUACCUUCAAGAAGGCCGACGGCAGCAACGGCAUCAUGGCCGUCAGCCAGAUGGAGCCCACUGACGCCCGCCGCGCUUUCCCCUGCUUCGACGAGCCCUCCCUGAAGGCCACCUUCGCGGUCACCCUGAUUGCCGACAAGCACCUGACGUGCCUGAGCAACAUGGACGUUGCGUCUGAGACGGAGGUUCAGUCCAAGAUCAGCGGCGGUGCCAAGAAGGCCGUCAAGUUCAACGUGUCUCCGCAGAUGUCGACGUACCUCGUUGCGUUCGUCGUCGGCGAGCUCAACUACAUUGAAUCCAACGACUUCCGUGUGCCCGUGCGCGUGUACGCCCCGGCCGGCCAGAACGUGGAAAACGGCCGCUUCUCGCUCGACCUAGCGGCCCGCACGCUCGCCUUUUACGAGAAAGUCUUUGGCAUUGACUUCCCGCUGCCGAAGAUGGACCAGAUUGCCAUUCCUGAUUUCGCCCAGGGCGCCAUGGAGAACUGGGGUCUCGUCACCUACCGUGUUGUCGACCUCCUGCUGGACGAGAAGACCAGCGGUGCCGCCACCAAGGAGCGCGUCGCCGAGGUUGUUCAGCAUGAGCUCGCCCACCAGUGGUUCGGCAACCUGGUCACCAUGGAUUGGUGGGAUGGUCUUUGGCUGAACGAGGGUUUUGCUACCUGGGCCUCGUGGUACUCGUGCAACGUUUUCUUCCCCGAGUGGAAGGUCUGGGAGUCGUACGUCAGCGACACGCUCCAGGGUGCCCUGUCUCUCGACUCCCUGCGCAGCAGCCACCCCAUCGAAGUUCCUGUGAAGCGCGCCGACGAGAUCAACCAGAUCUUCGACGCCAUCUCGUACUCCAAGGGCUCUUGUGUUCUGCGCAUGAUUUCCACGUACAUAGGCGAGGACGCCUUCCUCGAGGGCGUCCGCCGGUACCUCAAGAAGCACAGCUAUGGCAACACGCAGACGGGCGACCUUUGGGCGUCCCUGGCCGAGGCCAGCGGCAAGCCUGUGGAUGAGGUCAUGACGGUCUGGACCAAGAACGUCGGCUACCCCGUCGUCACCGUCACCGAGAAGGACGACUCCAUCCACCUCAAGCAGAACCGCUUCCUGCGCACGGGGGACGUCAAGCCCGAGGAGGACCGGAUUCUCUACCCUGUCCUUCUCGGCAUCCGCACCAAGGAGGGCGUUGACGAGGAGCCCAUCUUGAACACGCGCGAGGCCGAUUUCAAGGUGUCGAGCAAGGAUUUCUUCAAGCUCAACGCCAACCACACGAGCCUGUUCCGCACGUCGUACUCGCCCGAGCGUCUUGCCAAACUCGGCGAGGCCGCCAAGGAGGGUCUGCUGACGGUGGAGGACCGUGCUGGUAUGAUUGCCGACGCCGGUGCACUGGCCAUCUCCGGCUACCAGAAAACGUCGGGCGUUCUUAGCCUUCUCAAGUCCUUCAACGAGGAGUCGGACUUUGUUGUUUGGAACGAGAUCAUUUCGCGGCUCUCGGUUGUGCAGAGCGCCUGGAUCUUUGAGGAUGCCGCGAUCCGUGACAGCCUCGAGGCGUUCCAACGCGACCUCGUCAGUGCCAAGGCCCAUAAGCUCGGCUGGACGUUCUCCGACUCGGACGGCCAUAUUGAGCAGCAGUUCAAGUCGAUGCUGUUUGGCAGCGCCGGCCUGAACGGCGACAAGACCAUCAUCGCGGCCGCCAAGGACAUGUUCAACCGCUUCAUGGCAGGCGACACCCUGGCCAUCCACCCCAACAUCCGCGGCAGCGUGUUUGGCAUGGCGCUGAAAUACGGUGGCAAGGAUGAGUACGACGCCGUUCUGAACUUCUGGCGUACCUCUCAGAACAGCGACGAACGAAACACGGCUCUGCGCAGCCUGGGCCGUGCAAAGGACCCUGAGCUCAUCAAGCGCACACUUGAACUGCUGAGCGGCAAGGAGGUCAAGGACCAGGACAUCUACAUGCCGGCCUCUGGCCUGCGCGGCCACCCCACCGGCAUUGAGGCCCUGUUUACGUGGAUGACGGAGAACUGGGACGACCUGUAUAAGCGCCUGCCGCCUGGCUUGUCGAUGCUCGGCUCGAUGGUCAGCAUCAUGACGUCCAGCUUCUCGCGGCCGGAGCAGAUUGCGCGCGUCGAGGCCUUCUUCGCGGACAAGAACACCAAGGGCUACGACCAGGCGCUGGCACAGAGCCUGGACGCCAUCCGGUCCAAGAUUGCAUGGGUCCAGCGCGAUGGCAAGGACAUUGCCGGCUGGCUGCGCGAGAACGGCUACAGCAAGUAG